CACGUCUCGUCUCCCUCAGAGCUCGGCCUCCUGCCCCUCUUGAUGAUCAUCUUGGUUCUCAAACUCACGCUGCUCGGCACCCUCACCGGCGUCUGCGUGUGGAGAAGGGGGAGGAAGCCGGCAGAGCCCGGCCCAGAGGCAUCGCUGACAGUUUAUGAAGAUGUCAACCACCCGCCAGGCAGGAGCGGCCAGGGGCGGAGGCGGCAGCAGGACUCUGCUGGGAAAGAGAACACUGUCUACUCCAUGGUCCAGCCCCAGUCUUCCGCUUCCACAUCACAAGAAACUGCAACUACCCUGUAUUCAGUGGUGCUGCCCUCAGGGAAGGCUGGACCUAAGAAGAGGAGCCACAGCCCUUCCAUCUAUGAAGGGGUUGGAAAGAUACAACCCAGAGCCCAACAUGCUGCCUGACUCAACACCAGGAGCUGGAGAGCUUUUCUGUAUAAUCCCAGGGGCCACUGCCGGCCUCCCCUGUGUUAGGACCCGGCGUCUGUGUUGGGAAUCAGUGCAACGGAUGACACCAUAUGAGUCUACAUAAUAGUUCCUAGUCUGGGAGUUUGUUGAUGGACUAUAUUUUGUUUUGAAAAUGAUUUUUAACAGCCAUUAAAAUAGCAUGGCACCUGCA